UCACUGCUCUGAAGAUUAACCAAUGAAAUCAUAGUUGAAUCUUCACUGUGCUGUCAAUAUUUACUUUCUUGUUUGUUUCUUAUGUAAGCAUGCCUGCAAUAAAUACACAAAACAUUCUUCCUACCAUUAUAGUCUAAAACAAACAUAAUAUCAUAUUCACCCGCUGCUGCUUGUUUCGAUGUGUCAUAUGUAUCAUAGUAAUCAUAGGGGGAAAUGCAUGAUAUAAUGGAUGAAAGACUUUGAAAAAAAAAAAGAUUUAAACAAGGAAAGAAUAACAAGGAUUUAAGGCCAGGGUAAAAAAAGGAUAGAAAGGGUAAAAGAUUGCUUAAAAAAACUGAGUAUGCCAUUGGAAGAUUCAUCAUAUCAUGAACACUUAGUUCAUAACUUCACAACGAUUCUAUUAAUUCAUGCCUCAGACACUUAGUUUGUGCCACCAGAACCAUUAAGAGCAAUGGAGUUUGACUUCAAUAUCAACCAUAUCUUUACAAACAGGGUUACCAAGUUUGACAAACGGGUAAAACAAUUCCACACAAAUCGAAGAGAACUAACACAGCAGAAAGACCCAGCAUGUAUAGUCAUAGACAAACUUGGAAUUGCUUCUUCUAAGGCUCAAGGGUUACGAACACCGGUGACCAGUACUUCUAAGCUAAAAGAUUCUGACCAUCUUAUUUAUUUGUUAAAAGAUGAACAAAAUCGAAAUCUCGGUGCAGCUAUUGGUUUCUUGAAGAUUGGCUACAAGUCACUGUUUGUGUAUGACCACAAUGGAAUUAUUCAUGAACUGACGCCAAUGUGUAUCUUGGAUUUCUAUAUCCAUGAGUCUCGUCAGAGGCAAGGUUUUGGAAAAGAAUUAUUUGACUACAUGUUACAGGACACGAGACUGCAGCCUUGUCAGUUAGCCAUUGACAAACCUUCAUUCAAAUUUAGUUCAUUUCUCAAAAAACACUACAACCUCAUUCAUUCCAUACCUCAGACAAACAAUUUUGUGAUAUACCGUGGAUUCUUCUCAGAAAAAAAGAAAGAUAUCAGAUCGAACAAGAAACUGCUGCGCUAUAUGAAUCAUUAUAACCAUGAGCAAAUUCUCCCAAAUAAAAAUGCCGAACCAAAUAUUCCCAUCAACAGACUAAGCUUGCAUGAAAAGGAAACGGUUUUUGCAAAAGGGCAACCAUUUUCAAAAGCGUCAGCACAGAAUACCCUAUCGUUAACCAAGCAGCAAGAUUAUCCAGAGGAUAAAGACCUUCUUUCUGUAACCAAUUUAAAACCAAUUCCUUCUGAAGCAAAGAACUCUCUGAAAGAAAGCCAUUACAGUCCUAUUGCCGAUACAAUUAGAACCAGGACUCCACAAACUACAGUGAAGCUCCACCGAACUACUCCUUUACCAUUAGGUGACGAUCACAACAGACAUCUCAGCUCAGCUCAUGGGACACUACCUGAAGAGGCUGGCAAUAAAAUCAACAGAACAAGUGGACCACAAAGAGCAAAUAUAGCUGGAGGCACUGAUCAUCCCAAUUUCAACCCACUGAUGGUAACAAAAGUCGACCCACUUAGCUUGUAUACCAAUAGGUACUCCUAUUCAAGACAGCAUGCGAAAUUACUUCCUUAUAUGGACUCUUCAAAAAUUAGAUUACCACAAAUAGAGCAAGAUUCAUCACAGUGCUUCCAACGCAAGUCUUCAUUCCCGAACAAAGAAAUUAAUAGCAAUGUACCUUGGUCAUUGUUCAACAAUGUGGCAAAAUAUCAUUCACUUAUAAAACGGGGUUAUUCUCACACACGCAUCUGGUGAAUGAAUGAAAGCCACAGUGCAGCAUUUCAAACUAAACCACCUACUGAUUACAUUAUUUAAAUAAUUUCAUUCAUUUUGUUUUAUUCCACUUUUAAAAAUUUUAUUGGUGAGAUGCUUUAAGUUUUUUUUUUUUUUGUUUUCUGAUUUUUUUUUUUUUAAUUGGCAGAAUCAUAUUACAUGGCAAAUGUUUUGAAGUAUCUGUUCCUGGUCUGUAUGCUCUGAGUUCAAGCCCUAUCAAGGUUACCUUUACUUUUCCAGGAUUGAUAGAAUGAAGUACCAGUCAAGUACUGCAAUCAAUGCUGUCAACUAACCCCCACACACCACCCCACUUCACCCCUAAAAUUGUUAGCUUUGUUCCUAAAUGAAAUACCCUGGAAGAAUCAUUAGAGCCAUGAAAAGAAUGUCUGUGGUAUUUCAUCUGGCCUUUUAAAUUCUGAGUUCGAAUCCCUCUGAGUUUGACUUAACAUCCUGGGUCAAUGAAAUAAUUGGGUCACGUACCAGGGUCAAGGGUAUCGACUAACACCAACUCCCUUCAAAAUUGCUAUCCUUAUACCUAUAUUAGAAACAGUUAUUAUUAUAUUUCUUUUAACUCGAGUUUUGCUGGAACUCCUGGAGUCCUGCACGCAUAGCGAGCUUGCUUCCUACAGCCUAUGAUACCAUUCUAUCUGUUCUCUUCCACUAUCUAAAACUUACCCAAUGACUCUGGCCAUGUUACCUUCUGAAACUGUCCCCAGAACCCCAACAAUAAUUGGCAUCAGCUUCACCUUUUUCAUUUUCCUCAAUCAAGUUAUCUCAUAUUUAAGAAGAUUGUAUAUGUCUGUUUUUUUCGCCGGGAAUCGUUAACAAGCUGGGCAAAAUGUUUAGCAGCAUUUCGUCCAUUUUGACAUUCUGAGUUCAAAUUCCACCAGAGUCAACUUUGUCUUUCAUACUUUCGGGGUCGAUAAAAUAAGUACCAGUCAAGUACUGGGAUCGAUGUAAUCGACUAGUCCCCCUCCCUUAAAAUUUCAGGCCCCUGUUCCUAUAGAAGAAAGGAUUGUUAUUAUUAUUAUUAAGGCAGUGAAUUGGCAAAAUAUGCUAUACAAUAACUUCCUGGUUCUGUACAUUCUGAGUUCAGUUCCUGCCAAAGUCGACUUUGCUUUUAAGUCCUUUUUAAGUUAAUAAAAUAAAGUACUAGUCAAUUACUGGGGUCAAUGUAAUCACCUAGCAUAACAUACCAUACCACAUUAUAAUUUGUUGCUCUAGGUGAAAUAAAUGUCAGAGAUGCUUUGCUCCAUGUAAAAACUGUAGGAGCUACUCAGAGGUUUUGUAAGCUCUUCUAAAUCCAUUGCAAUACUGGAAACCCUUUCAUAUCGUCAGCUGGUAUAUCAGGGUCACAAACAUUUUGCGCCUUAGCCUGUAUGCUUCACCUGAGUGGUGCAGCGAGGACUGAGCUAGGCUUCACCUCCAGAAGGGUUGGUUCCACUUGUGGUCUCUUAUCAACCAUAGCCAUCUUGUACUAGUUUCACCUGCUGUACCUAUUUCCCUGAUGGAUUUCUUCAGUUGUCUGAGUUCCAGACUUACCUACAGUACAUACAUCACUGUUUCUAAUCCUACAACAUGUGCAUCAUUACUAUUUUUGGAACCUUAAGAUACACCGUGUUUAAUGUUCUUUCUACAGUAUGUAAGCCUUUGCUAUUUCUUGCUCCAUGAAAUAUGUAAAUGUUAUCAUUUGAUAUUUUACUAUAUAUACAUAUAUUUUAAUAUUUGUAGUUCUAUGAAAUUAAACUUUUCUGUGAUUUCUUA